AUGGCAAUAUGCAGAAAGUACAGCGUUGUGUUCGAACUGGUGUCCCUUUUAUUCCUGUACAGCAUCAUAAGGAGAGCAUUUAUGCACCUAUCAGGGAACGAAAAUGAAGAGAAUUACACAGGUUUUCACGUCCAAGGGAAUAACUGGAACUUGUUUGAGAAAUGGAAAUCUAUAAGUCCGAUGGAAAAGCUAGAAUAUAAGAUAAAUUACAAUCUUGGGCUGAACAUAGACGCGGAGAUUGGCGAUUUUGGGGAUUACAAUUCGGAUGUAAAAACCGAUUUAAUUCUUUUUAAGUAUGACAAAGACAAACAGAUGAGCACCAUCUAUGUGCACAUUUUCAGUGUGCAUGAAAACAAAUUUGUGUACCACACGGAAGUGAGUUUGAAAGGCCAAGUGAUGAACGUCACGGCCAUUGAUCUCAAUUUCGAUGGCGCGCUUGACGUCCUCGUGCUGUUUAAAGACCCCAAGGAUAGUAGCAAAACGCCCAAGUAUUAUGUCGCCUCAUUUUUGCAGAACGAAAAUGACAAACUGGAAGAGGCAUUUAACUCGAGAAAAAAAGAAGUUGCAAAUGAGGACAUCUCAGAUGAGGAAUAUGUCACUCACGUGGUAGUUGCACCGGGCAACGAAAAGGGAGGUGCAAAAGAAACGAAUGGAAGCAUCUACUUCAGUAAUGUUCACCCACUCGUUUGCGACAUCAAUAAUGAUGGGCUGCCGGAUCUUAUAGGACAACAGCCUUCCAGCGAGGCAAACGGUUUUUCUCGUUUUGUAUGGAUUAAUAAAAAAGGAGGAUUCAAAAGUGCGCUGUGGAAAAGUAUGAACCUAUUUGAUAAGGCAGAAGUGGGUGAAAUUACGAACCCUAAUUCAAGUGCAGUUGUAGACAUCAAUGGGGAUUGUAAAGCCGAUUUGGUGUUCACCGUAUAUGAUAAAGGUAACUCAAAAAAAAACGCCGCUUUAGAAAUCUGGCUGAACAAAAUAGUGGAUGGAAAAAGCAUCUACAUGAAGUAUAAAGAAAAUUAUAAUUUGCCACCCAAUUCUUUGCAAGUCCUGUUUGGAGAUUUUAAUGGCGAUGGAUCCAUCGACAUUGUAAUUCCCACGUGUACCAAAAGCUCCUACUGCAACUACUGCUGUGUGAGUGAUGACAAAAUUUUCUUCAUCCCGAAUGUUCAAAAGAAGAUAUGUGACCACUCUUGGCAAAAGCCAGAUGAAAGUAAAUGCAGAUUGGCAUCCAAUUUAUGCUCAGAAAGUGACUUCACCUUUGUGCAAGAAUUAAAUGAUGACUUCAUCUCUGUGGUGGAUACAUCUGGGUUGCACCUCUCAGGAAAUGCAGACUACCCCUACUACCUAAGCGUUGGAGAUGUGGAUGAUGAUGGAUUUUUAGACCUACUAAUAACACUGAAAAAUGAUAAAGGUCAGAAGUAUGUGCGGAUUUAUAAAAAUGAACAGAAGGGUGUAUAUGAAGAAAAUAACAUAGACAUUCGGGGAUUUUUUAAUUUUUACCAAUUUGUUACAUCUCCAGACGAAACUGUCACUGAUGUUUACAAUUCCGCUUUCUUUGACAUUUUUGAAAAUGGCGUGUUAGAUAUACUAAUCUUUGGGAAGUACAAAACGGCUAGCAAGCAGAGCAAGUAUGGAGCGGUAGGGUUCAUCCGAAGCAACGAAACGGAUUCGCUUUUCCUAAAGUCGACCGCGUUAAAUGGCAUAUGUGUUAACGACUGCUAUAAAGAAAAGGACAAAAUAACGACCAAAACGCUAGGGGGGAAUGCCCAUGGGCCCACCUUCAAAAUUACCGUCAUCGAUGUGAAUGGGGUUAAAUCCAGCCGAAUUGGGAUUCAAAAAAGCCAGUCCGCUCAUUCCCCUUUGCAGUUACCGUAUGUUUUGUUUGGACUAGGCCGAACCAGUAACUACGUGGAGGAGUUCUAUGUGGGCAUGCCGACACAUGAACAGAAAUAUUUCAACAUGUGGGUUUCCAUCAUCCCCAAUUCGCAUAUCAUCGUCAUUCCAUAUCCGCUGGACAAUUCGAACAAGUGGCAAAUUCAGCUCUCCGUCAACCCGUCCAAGAAAUUCUACUCUAUCAUUUACAUCACCCUCAUCUGCUUGACCGUCAUUGGAAUUCUGAUUUUCAUCCUGGACCGGCGCGAGAAGGUGGAGGACUCCAAGGAGGAGAUGGGUUUCAAGAGCCACUUCGUCAUCGGUUGAGGGGGGGGGAGCGGUUUGAGGCGGUGAGAAGCAGCUUGAACUGGUUUGCUGUCGUUUGCUACCGUUUGAAGCGGCGCGAAAUGUCAGCCCUGAGCAGGUCCGCUGAACAUCAAGGAGCGUGCCCAGCAACCCCAUUUGCAGACCAACCUGUGCAACCCUUGCGGAGUAAAUUGCACACCCACCCCUUUGGAACAAAAAAAUGAAGCUCAUUUUUCAUCCCGCAAAUAUGCAUUCCCCUGUUUUGUUCCUAAUUUGAAUCUUUUUAAUUUCUUCAUUUGUGUCUCCUUUUUUUUUAUUUUCUGUUUUCCUUUUUCCCUUUUGCAAUAUUGACGAAGUUCGCGUUAUGCUCACCAUCGUGCUGCCCCUUUUUUUUUGUUAAGAAUUAUACGAGAUGUCCAACCCGUUCAGCUAAAUUCAGGAGCUAUUUUUUAAAAUUUUUUUUAGUGUAUUUAUAUUUAUGUAGACAAAAAAGAUAUGUUCAUUUCGCCCCUUUUUUUUCCCUACUCCGCUGUAACCUUUUGCAAUAUGGCUUUCCUUCCUGUCCCCCUUUCAUUUUAAAACAUUAUAAAGCGCCUUUGCUCUUUUUAAAAAAUGGCAAAAUUUGCAAAACGGACGAACGC